AUGAGAACUUUCAGGUUGGCCCUCUUCGCAACGACGCUACUAUCGAACCGCUUCGCGCUCGGCGAUGCUCAGCAGUUUGGAGCCGUUGAAUUGUCGCUGCAAGGCAUCGUUCCUCGAUUCUUUGUCGACGCUCCCCAGCUCGUGCGGCGCGACGGACCGCCGUGUCCACCCGAUCGUCACAGAUGCAUCGACAUUGGCCAGGACAGCCUCUGCUGCGCAAACGAUCACUAUUGCUACAUCAACCCGGAAGGCGAGGGGAAAUGCUGCGCCAUCGGCUCUAACUGCGACUCGGCCUGUGACGCCACGGCCUAUCAGUGUCCCACCACCAUCACACGCCAGGGCACGACCUCGGCUUCGAGCGCGUGCUGCGGCCGCAGUUGUCCGACUACCAGCUUCUUCCGUUGCGAGGAUGAAUUUGGCGGCGAGUGUUGCCCCCACGGCCACACGUGCGCCUCGGGCGGCAUCUGCCGCAGCACCCGGACGCCGACCCCGAGCGCCCUCGUCACAGCCAUGGACGCCGGCUGCACGGCCGCCACGCAGCGUGCGUGCCCCGACGAAGGUGGCUGCUGCGACGAGUGGAUGCACUGCACGCGCGUCUCUGGUGAACCCUUUUGCGCCCUCGGCAACUCGGACACGGGUUACACCUUUACCCCCGAUUCGGGCGACGGUGGCUCCGGCGGGCUCUCGACGGGCGCCAAAGCCGGCAUCGGCAUCGGCAUCGCCGUCGGCAUCAGUGUCCUCUUCGGCAUCUUCGCCUGGGUCUGCAUCAUCCGCCGCCGCCGCCGCCGCCAGCGCAGCCUGCCGCCCUCGGAAGGCCAACAGCAGCAGCAGCAGACGAGCCGGACGGCGCAGAGCCCCGGCCAGGCCGUCUCCGAGGUGACGGACCUCUCUCGCCCCACGCGCGGCCGCGGCCUGACGCAGGAUUACUUUGGCCCUGCCGCCGUCGAGGGGCCCUAUACGGAGAACGCCGCGUCAACGACCACGUCCCCCGGGCGCGGGGUGCCGGUGCAGGCCAACUCGCCUAACGACAUUGCUGCGCCGGUUGAGAUUGACUCGCGCAUUACGAGGGGCUUGGAAAGGACGGGGGAGAUGCAGCCUGCCGCUGUUGCCGCUUCGGGUCCUGAGACAACGGAAGGACGGUUCGAGCUCGGCGUUGGAGACGAGGUGCUGCCGCAGUGGAAUGGGAGGCAGUCGCAAGUUUUGACACCGGGGAGCAUAACGAGUGUUUCGGGGUCGGAAUAUCGAACGCCAGGUCCGUGA